GUGCCGCUGCUGAUGCAGCUGGAAUGGGGCGCUGGGAUGAGCACCUCAAGCAGUAGGGAGGUUGGGUGUGGUGGGUCGCUGCAUGCCAUGUCACAUGGCAACAAGGUCGUGCUGGCACCAUGUCUCAUCUCCACCCUUUCUCCACCCCCUUCGCUCCCUUCUGGGGGGCAAGGAGGGGCAGGAGGAUCACGCCAUUGCAGUGAUUUCCUUGCCCUUCCCCCCGCCAUCCCUGCCAUUCUCCCACCAUCCGCCCCACGAUCUCUGCGGCAUUUCCCUCACACCUCGCCUCCCACAAUCAUCCCACCAACCCGGCUCGCGCCUGCCCCUUCCCCCGCGUUGCGUUACUCACUUCUCACUCAACCCCGUCCUCGCACACUCCCUUCCCUCUUUCCUCUCACAUGGCAGGCUGACAAGGAGGCAGAGUAG